AUGCCGAAGUUCAUAACACAUGAGCCGCUGGCAGUCAAGCUUCUGAACAGUGGGUUCAGCACCGCGUCUGGAGCCCUUGCCCCAUGGUCCAACAACUUGACCAACACUGAGAAGUUGUUGGAAUUGCUGGUGGCCAGAAUGGAUUCGGACUACCAAGCCUUGGCGCCCAAAAUGCGAAAGCCGUGGACUGCCCCCGCAGUGGAGAGCCUUCAGCGAAUCUGCGGCGCCUAUCUUGCCUGCUGGGAGCAGUUCCAUUCUUCCGUGCCAAAGGCGUUUGCUGACAAGGUUGAGUCGGACAUCAACAAGUCGUUGUCGGCCCAACUCUUGGCGACUACAUGGCAGCAAACUUCGUUGCAGAUUGAUGCUGACCUUGCCAAGUUGAAUGAGUGGGCCACAUCGUACAACUUCCAUGCAAGCCAACAGGGCGCCUUGGACUACAAGUACUUGAAUGACAGAUACCACCGCGGAAAGAAAGCCGUUGAAAACUUCAUGACCACCCACCACAAGCUGGUCAGCCUGGACAACAUCAUGCUCUCACAUCCAGACAUUGUGCAGAUGCAAGCGGAUAUGGGGGCCUCCGGGCUCACCAUCGUGAUGAUGGACGCAACUUUGUGGCCGAACCGCGCUUUGUCAAUCGAUGAGAGUGUUUCGGUGGUUCAGGCAGUUGCCUCCGGCAACGCCAACACGAUGGCAUUUGUGCUUUUACCCCAGUGGCACUCAUCGACCAACAAAUGCACUGUCCUGAAAAACCGCCGCCUCUUGGAAGACAAGCUGGUCUCGGCUUUGGACGUGAGCGAGAUUGCCCUCAACUUUGCUGACAGUGCGCAUGGAGGCCUUGCAGCCCUUUGCGGAAACCACCGUGCCUCGCCCUUCGGGAAGUCCAAAGCGCUGCUCGGGUCGAUCUCGGCAAUCCAGCGAGGAAGGGUUUCUGAAUUGCAGAACCCAGAUCCAGACCGCCCACUUGCCCCGCAUUUUCGUGUCCAGCAACGGGGAGUUGCCGGAACAAGGGACAUCCUGCUUCAGCUCUUGGAGAAUGUUGACCAGACAAAGCCGCAGCCAGUUCUGGUCGUGGAUUUGCUUCCCAACAGCUCAGCAGUGUGGGAUCUACAGCGGGCAUUCGUGAUGCAAGACCCUUCAGCAGCCCCAGAGGCUACCAACGCAACCAACUUGGAGUUCAGGUACUUUGGGGUUUGGCUGUGUGACGACCAUGCCACCAUGUCUUCCUGCCGUGAUUUGGUGGCUGGGCGAAUGCUCAGCCAAUGGUGGGACAAGACCAAUGAUGCAGGGCCAAACACGAGACCGCAGGCUCCUUUCGCGACUGAUCUACCAACCCUGGAAGUGCUGUCCUUGGCUGGGGCUGAUCUUCAGUUGAUUCCCGAUCUUGUGGCCGAGAAGUACAAGUCGACCCAGUCAGAUGCGCUGAAGCAGAAACAAGAUGCCAUUUUGAAUGAGGCAACCCUCCUUGCCGCCCUGAAAUCCCACCAUGGCGGCACAUCCCCGCCUGCUUCCACGACCACUGGCAACACAGGUCCGGCCCGCACCCACGCCACUCCUGAAUGGGCGGGGGAGCGGCCGCUCAACUUCAGGAAACGGCUCAACGCAUCUGGCGUGUUGUUGGAGGACUUCGAGGGGAACAACACGAUUGAUGCCGCGUCGAAGCUUGCCAGGGAGCCGACCAUUCAAGUUGCGCUAUGCAACGGGGGCGACUUGUGGCUCAUCAACCGUGGGUCUCAGCGAGUCGACCUAUCUCAUGGAGAACUCUUCGGGUUCAAUGUCGGGGGCUUCAGCGAGGUUGCGGUAGGACAAGUUUUUGUCAAAACCUGUUUUUAG